UAAAUCAUAAUUAAAAUAAUUGUAUGUAUGAAAUUACGCGUGUAUUUAGCGGAAAUUCGUAGGUUUUACGAUCGUCGUGUGAUUAUUUUGAUGGAUGAUAUACUAUUGUGUUAGAAUUGUUAUUUUAUGUGUUGAAUAAAUGAUCAAGUUUGAGUUUCGUUGCUGAUACACGAACUGGAUCGUCAGAUUGGUCGUGGAAGAUGGACACCAGAGCUGAUGAGGAGGAGGCUCCCACAGACCCAGCGGCGAGGAAGCACACUCACCAUGAUUACACCGAACAAGAUUUCGAAGGUCACCGAGCACACACGGUGUUCGUAGGCGUGCACGUGCCGGCACGACGGCACUCGCAUCGGAAACACAAGCAUCACCAUCGCAACGGAGGCAAAGAUCCGGAGAAACCUAGCCCAGCGAUAAUGCCUCGAGUUAGAAGACUUAGCGUAACGGAUGAUGGAGAAACAUUGACCCCACCUGCACAGAGAGUGCAGUUUAUUCUCGGGGAAGAUGUUGAUGAUACAACUCUUGAAUCACACCCACUUUUUUCUGAAAUGGAAGAACUCGUCAAAGAUGGAGAUGAAUUAGAAUGGAAAGAAACAGCCCGAUGGAUUAAAUUUGAGGAAGACGUUGAAGAAGGUGGCAAUAGAUGGUCUAAGCCACAUGUUGCCACACUUUCCUUACACUCGUUGUUUGAACUUCGAAGUCUUAUUUUAAAUGGAUCAGUAAUUUUAGAUUUAGAAGCUAAUUCGUUGGAACAAGUUGCUGAAAGUGUACUGGAUAAUAUGAUUGUCGAAGGUGGCCUCGCAUACGAUAGACGAGAAAAAGUUAAAGACGCAUUGUUGAGAAGACAUAGACAUCAAUACGAAAAACGGAACCAUAAUAACAUGUCACGUCUCCCUUUAAUACGGUCUUUGGCAGAUAUCGGAAGAAAUCACUCGUCCUGUAAAAAUUUCCAGGAUGGUGGCUCUCGACGCUCCAGUUCGAGGAGUUGUCGGGGGCCCACCUCAUCUCCCAACAAGGCUCUUCUUCCUGCAGCCGACUCAAGGGGCUCUUAUCUAGCUGUUCCAGGUGCUGCACCAGAUGAAGAAAUGAUAAAAAGUCCAAGCAGUUUAUCAAUGCACCGUAACCAUAGCUCUGGUGAUCUUCCCAUAAAUGGUGAUGUUAAUCACAAAAGUAAUACGCAUUUUAUGCGCAAAAUACCACCUGGGGCUGAAGCGUCUAACAUACUCGUCGGUGAAGUAGAUUUUCUAGAAAAAACAUUAUCUGCAUUUGUUAGGCUGAAAACUGGCACCAUUAUGGGAGACUUGACUGAAGUUCCAGUUCCUACACGAUUCAUGUUUGUCUUACUUGGACCACCAAAUAGUAAUUCAAGUUUUCAUGAAAUUGGCCGAGCAAUGGCAACUCUAAUGUCUGAUGAAAUAUUUCAUGAAGUAGCCUACCGAGCUAAAAAACGUGACCACCUAUUAGCUGGCAUAGACGAAUUUCUAGAUGCAGUGACAGUGUUACCGCCUGGUGAAUGGGACCCUGCUAUUCGUAUAGAACCACCCGCUGCAAUACCUUCUCAAGAUCCCCGCAAACGUCCCACCGAUAAUAAUCUUAAGGAAGAACCUGAUGAGGAGGAAGAAGAACAAAGACAAAGAGAAGAGUCUGGCUUGGCGAGAAGCGGAAGACUUUUUGGUGGCUUAAUAAAUGACUUAAAACGAAAAAUGCCGUGGUAUUGGUCUGAUUUUAAAGACGCAUUAGCUUUGCAGUGCAUUGCGUCCUGGAUUUUUUUAUAUUUCGCUUGUCUAUCACCCAUAAUUACUUUUGGAGGAUUAUUAGGUGAAGCGACUGGAAAAAAUAUGGCUGCAAUGGAAUCAUUAGUAUCUGGAUUCGUAUGUGGAAUGGGAUACGGAUUUUUUUCAGGCCAACCACUAACUAUUUUAGGGUCAACCGGUCCGGUUUUAGUAUUCGAAACAAUUGUCUUUGAAUUCUGUAAACAAAUAGGAUGGAAUUACAUGUCAUUUAGAUUUUGUAUCGGCACAUGGACAACUAUAAUACUCAUCAUUCUAGUGGCGAUCGAUGCAAGUGCUUUGGUAUGCUACAUAACACGAUUCACAGAAGAGAAUUUUGCAACAUUGAUCGCGUUUAUUUUCAUUUACAAGGCUGUGGAAAAUGUUAUUUCCAUCGGCAAAAAGAACCCAAUAAAGACACGCCCUGAUGAAGUUCUCAAUUAUGAGUGCUAUUGUUUACCGAGCAAUUACUCACGAGUACCGGAACAGUUUAAUUGGACGUCCGUUGAUAAGGAGUCAUGUCAGUUAUACAAUGGAACUUUAGCUGGCGGUGGAUGUGAUACAAAAGUGUAUGUGCCGGAUGUAUUUUUGAUGUCGAUAAUUUUAUUUCUUGGAACAUUUACUAUUUCUAUAAUUUUAAAGGACUUUAAAAAUUCUCUUUUCUUCCCUUCCAAGGUCAGACAAAUAAUAAGUGACUUUUCCGUCAUCAUAGCUAUAUUGUCUAUGUCAUUUCUAGAUUUCAAAGUUGGAAUAAAAACUCCAAAAUUAGAAGUUCCCUCCGAAUUUAAGCCAACGCUUCCAACACGGGAUUGGGUCAUUACGCCAUUUAAUGGCAACCCUGUAUGGUCUGCUUUAGUAGCCAUACUACCGGCUCUUCUAGGGACAAUUUUGAUAUUUAUGGACCAACAAAUUACAGCGGUUAUUGUAAAUCGCAAAGAAAAUAAACUAAAGAAGGGUUGCGGAUACCACCUUGACCUUUUCAUCUUGGCUAUUUUAAUACAAAUAUGUUCCAUUAUGGGGUUACCAUGGUUUGUCGCUGCCACAGUGCUGAGUAUUAACCACGUAAAUUCUUUGAAAGUUGAAUCGGAAUGUGCCGCUCCAGGAGAAAAACCCCAAUUUUUAGGUGUUAGAGAACAAAGAGUAACACAUAUCCUCAUAUUCCUAACAAUAGGAUGCUCAGUUGUCUUAACACCAGUUUUAAGACAUAUACCGAUGCCAGUUCUGUUUGGCGUAUUUCUUUACAUGGGGGUAGCAUCACUAAAAGGACUUCAGUUCUUUGAUAGGAUCCUGAUAAUGUUUAUGCCCCAGAAAUAUCAGCCAGAUCACAUGUUUCUACGCCAAGUACCGAUUCGUCGAGUUCAUGUAUUCACUGCAAUACAAUUGACCUGCCUCGUCUGUCUUUGGGUGAUAAAAUCUUUUUCGACGACGUCCAUUCUGUUUCCGCUCAUGCUUGUGGUAAUGAUAGGCAUUAGAAAAUCUUUAGAUAUAUUCUUUACAAGACGUGAAAUGAAGAUUUUAGAUGAUGUCAUGCCAGAAAUGACUAAAAGGAAUCAAGACGAACUUCGCGAACUCGCCGAUGUUGAGGAUAACAGCAAGAGUAAUCCACCAGCAUUUCAAGAAAAUCUACAAAUCCCCCUUAUCAAUGGCAAUAUUAUGAAUAUACCUUUGGCAUCGAUAAACAUAUCCGAGGAAGUUAAUAAGACGGGUAUAUGGAAACAGGUCAAUAAUAGCAAUAAAGUAAAAGCACGACUUGAAAGUAAGGAUUUAAAAGCAAAAUCUGGAAAAAAGACUAUUAAACACAAAAAACUUAUAUCAAAGAACGCACAAUCCGAAAUAGAAAGACGUCUAUCUACGAUGGACGAGGUAGAAGAAGACGAUCCUUCAAUGAAGAGUGACCUCCUAAGGCGCAAGGAUUCGUGGAGUAGCGGUUUUAAAAAGAAUACAUCUGCUGAAACUUCAGUAUAAGUU